CCGCAUUGACGGACGUCAAUGUACGCUUCGCCGAGCUGAGCUUCUCUGGAGGCCGCGUGACGUCACGGUGCGGGCUGAUAAGCGCGCAUCCUCGCUGCGGGUGCAGCUUCUUUGCGUUUCGUCAUUUCCGGUUUUUGCUGCAGGCAACUGUCAGUUGGCGGAUGAAGACUGGUUCAAGGAUGUGGCAUGAAGCUCGUAAACACGAGCGGAAGCUUCGGGGGAUGAUGGUGGAUUAUAAAAAGCGGGCAGAACGUCGGCGGGAAUACUAUGAGAAAAUUAAAAAAGAUCCCGCUCAGUUCCUUCAAGUACAUGGAAGGUCAUGCAAGAUCCAUUUGGAUUCUGCCGUGGCUCUGGCAGCAGAGAGCCCUGUUAACAUGAUGCCAUGGCAAGGCGACCCUAACAACAUGAUCGAUCGCUUUGAUGUCCGAGCCCAUCUUGACUACAUUCCAGAAUAUAAACCUCCUCUACUUACAACAAUCUCACCUGAGCAAGAUGCCGAUGACCGAAAGUGUAAUUAUGAGCGAUAUCGGGGCUUGGUUCAGAAUGACUUUGCCGGAAUUUCCGAAGAGCAGUGUUUAUACCAGAUCUAUAUUGAUGAGCUUUAUGGUGGUCUGCAGAGACCUGGGGAAGAUGAGAAGAAAAAACUAGCAGAGAAGAAGGCCACAAUAGGCUAUACCUAUGACGACAGCACUAUUGCUGAAUUGGGGGAUUCUCCGGAAAAAUUGGAUGAUGAGGAUUCCGAUGAUGAUGAGAGCAAAUCUGAUGAAGAUGAAGUCAUCCCUGACAUAGAUGUGGAGGUGGAUGUAGAUGAGAUCACAGAAGAACAGGUUUCUGAUCUAAACAGGCAAGCAACAACAUAUGGAAUGGCUGAGGGAGAUUUUGUCCGAAUGCUACGGAAAGACAAAGAGGAAUCUGAAGCAAUAAAGCAUGCUAAGGCACUGGAAGAAGAGAAGGCCAUGUAUUCUGUAAGGAUCUGCACCAAUAUAGCAGCUCGACGUGACAUGGUUCAUUGCAGCAGACUGAUAUCCUCAACUAGUAACUUGCCCAUCUCUGCCUUGGGGUUUUCCCUAUCAGAUUUGAAGCACGAUUACUGUCUCCAGACCUACUGUUUUUUCUUAAGGUUGGGCUUGUUGGUUUCAUACAGCACUAAAGUUGUUCAUAUGUUUUUUCAGGGACGCCGUUCCCGUCGCCAGAGGAGAGAGUUUAGAGAAAAACGGCUAAAGGGAAGGAAGAUUAGUCCACCAAGUUACGCUCGGCGAGACAGUCCAACAUACGAUCCUUAUAGAAGGUCCCAGUCAGAGUCUUCCUCCGGUUCACGUACUCAUACACCAAGCCCAGGACGAGCGGAAGCCAUCACUUUCAUAACCAGCUUUGGGGGCAGUGAAGAUGAGUCGGCAGCUGGUCAUGCAACCCAAACUUCUUCUGCAGCAACUGGCAGCAAAAGGGCCCCACAUACACAGGCCCCUGGGACUUCUUCUUCAGGUCGUAAAGAGGCCUCCCGGCGGAGAUCUACUUCAUCUUCCUCGUCCUCUUCUUCCUCAAGAUCCAGAACAUCUUCCAGGUCUCGGUCCAGCUCAAAAUCCAGGAGAGACAGUCGGAGGCGCAGGUCAGAUUCACGUUCCCGCUCAAGGCGGUAUUCUCGUAGUCCUGUAAGACGAUAUUCAAGUGGAGGAGGGGCAAGAGACAGCAGAAGAUAUUCCAGAUCAAGAUCACCUGAUCGUGAUCGACAUUACGGAGGAAGACGUCGGUCUCGAAGUCGCUCUCGGUCACCUGACCGUCAUGGGCGUGGUGGAAGGAGCAGUGGGCGCCUGCAUGGAAGUAACCAGAGCAGUGUGUCUAGGAGUCCUUCACCAUUUCGAGAGAAAGUAGUAUCAGGAAAGAAGGUAUCCCCAGCUGUGGUGGAGCGAUUGAAAAGACCUGAGCUUGCUGUUAGCAAAGAGAGUGGAACAUCCAAAGCAAAGUUAACACCACAAGAGAAGCUAAAACUCCGCAUGCAGAAAGCACUAAACAAACAGUACAAGGCGGAUAAAAAGGCAGCUCAAGAGAAAAUCAUUCAGCAGGAGCAUGACCGCCAAGAGCGGGAAGAUGAGCUGCGAGCCAUGGCCCGGAAGAUCCGCAUGAAAGAGCGUGAGCGCCGUGAGAGGGAGCGUGACGAGUGGGAGAGGCACUAUACCAGAAGCAGAUCAUCUUCACCAAGACACAGUCGAGAACACAGCUCUUCAAAAAGGAGGUCACGCUCAAAAUCCAGGAGCCCUCAUCACCGUCAUUGAUCCUCUGUUUUUGGUUUCUUGUUUUUCAAUAUAGUCACAUUGAAUAAAUCUGACUUGUUGGUCGAGUUGGUACAUUCCAUUGAGGCAGAGGGUAUGGAAGCCACCAGAACUUUGCCCACACAAGAUGGAAACAAUUAUUUUGGGAAAAUGAACCAAUGUUGAUCAAAAUACACU